AGCGUCAUGAAGGGCGAGCUGGGGGAGGCCGAGCAGGUUCUGCACCAAGCCCUGCGGCUGUCGCACCAGUCGGAUAACAGGAAAGCCAUCGUCUACACCUACAGCAUGAUGGCAAACGUGGCCUUCAUGCGGGGACAACUGGACAAUGCAGAAAAGCUCUACAAAGCAAGUAUGAGCUAUUUGCUUGCAGGGGACACAAAGGAGGAUGACAAUGCAAUCCUUGAGAUGUCCCUCAAGCUGGCCAGCAUCUAUGCUGCGCAGAAACAGCACAAAUUAGCCCUGGCUGGCUACGAGUUCUGCAUCCUGACCUUAGAGGAGAAGAUUGCCAAGCAAAAGGACUUGCCUGAGGAUGUCUUAACAGCUGAAGAAAAGGCCAACACCCGUCUCUUGCUUGGGAUGAGCCUAGACUCCUAUGCUCGCUAUCUCCUAAACAUUAACCAGCUCCCAGUGGCCCAAAAAAUGUAUGAGAAGGCUCUGGAGAUAUCAAAUGAUGUUCAGGGAGAGACUCAUCCACAGACUGUGGUUCUGAUGAAUGACUUAGCAACUGUACUGGAUGCUCAGGGACACUACGACGAGGCAUACUCCUAUGUGAAGAAGGCAGCUGAGCUGGCAAAGGAGACCCAACACCCUGAGGAGCACAUGGUGCUGAAUAACCUGACAGCAAUUCUGAUGCACAAAGAAGACUUUCUGCAAGCAAAACAAGUGUACAAAGAAGCUCUCAAGCAGGCACAACAGAAGGGAGACGAUGCUUCUGUCCAGCAUAUCCAGGAGGAACUAGCUGAGCUGGCCAAGAGGAGAAAGGGCUCCAAAUGAGUUUGGCCACAGAGUCCAACCUUGAGGUGGCUGACAGCAGCAAGGGUUGGUCAGUAAAAGCAGCCUGGGCCCAGUUUAGUGCAGUUCUCCAGGGGAACAGCACUGAGGAGUUUAAGGACUGCUUAACAAGAAGGGCUGCUACUGCCUAGCAACUUAGCCCAAAAUAAAGUUGUGAAAUCUUAA